AUGUCGUCACCCAAGGAACAAAUUAAUCCAAUAAUUAACAUCGAUAAUAGAUACUUGGGAACUUUGUUCAGACAAACCACCGAUCGUAAUGCACAAGAUCGUUACAAAGAUGUUAGUCAGGAAGACUUGUUUCCUUUCAUGCAAGAAAAACAUAUACCUUUACCACAAUCUUUACAAACUAUUAUUGAUUGGAAUGCUAUACACAGCGACAAGAUACAUUGUUUCUUAGGUUGUUUUCCUUAUACCUACUUUGUUUAUUUUGUAAUUGAGAAUAACUUAUUUAUUUGGGAAUAUGAAAAGGGCAAUGAUGCAUCAGCUAUAGGUCAUAUAGAUUUUAGUCCGGACCAAGGCAAAUUUAUAAAAAGUGUAGGUCUUGUUAAGCCUAGACUAGAUCGUUGGAUUGAUAAUGCUCAAUAUGUUUUAGUUAUAGCUACUGACAAAUCAUUGCAUGUGUUUGGUUUGACUAUUUCAGAAAGUCAAGGGAUCACCUUUCAUGAUAUGUCUUCACCAAAUUAUAAAACAGAGAAUUAUAGUAAAAAAACAAUUGGUUCAAUAGUUGGUACUGAUAAUGGUAGAAUAUUUUUAAUAGAUGAUGGUGAACUUUGUGAGUUGAUAUAUGAUGAUGAGCGUUGGUUUAAUGAGCCUUGCAGACUGGAAGUUCAUUCUCUCAAUAUUAUCAAUUCAACCCUAAGAUUUAUAAAAGGUGGUUACUCUAAUUUUAAAUCUUGUGUAGUUGAUGAUACGCGUAAUAUGGUCUAUGCUAUGGCUGAUGAUUAUAUUGCAGCUUAUUAUAUGUCAAAAGAUGAUAGCUCCUUAAAAUCUGUAGGUACUUAUUCAUUACAGGAGCAUAAUUCAUUACUAAAAGGAACACUUGUUUCAAUACAUUCAAUAUACAAUACAGACUCUCCUUAUUUCUGGUUAUUGGCUGUAACAAGCACUGGUCAUCGUGGCUAUUUUACUUGUUAUCUUGACAAUAGAAGUUUUAAUUGGUGGCUAUAUUAUGAAUCUCCUUCCACCUUAAAAUUUAAAGAACCUAAUGGCAAAGACAAUUCAUCCUAUAAAUUAACCUAUACUUCACCGAAUCAUGGCUCCAUGUUUCUAAAAUUUAUUCAAAACAAGGAUCAUAUUUUUUCAGAGUAUUAUUUUUCUGUUGCCUUCAAAAAUGUUUGGACUAUGCAAGAAAUUUAUAAUCCUUUAUAUAAUCCAAAAAAAUUUGAUGAAUACUCUAGUGAAUUAAUUAGCCAAUUUGUUUUGCCUCAAAGAAGAUUUCUUAUAUAUACAUCAUCAGGAAUUUAUAUUUGGGCUAAGAAAAGACCUGUUGAUUACUUGAAAGAAAUAUUAUUAAAAAAUCAACAAAAUCUUUUAAAUGAUUUCCUUACAAAUUAUGGUCCUGAACAAACUACUGCAAUGUGCCUUUUGAUAGGAAAUGAUCAAAGUCAUCUUUUUUUUCAACAUUUUAAAUUAGGCUUUAAUCAAUUAUAUGAAGGUUUGGCAUUUUGUCUAUCAAGAAUUUUAAGGCCUAUUUGGCAUCAAAAAAUUAUUAGAUCCAUUCGUGUUCUUGGAAAUGUUAAUAAAGUACAUGUAAACAUACCAUCAGAAAUACUUGUUGAUGUGGAAAAAAAAUUAAAACAUUUAAAAACAUUCUUUGACAGCCAUCCUUAUUACAAAAAGCCACCAUCUCAAAUACAUUUAGAUUCCUCAACCAUCCAAAACAAUUCAAUAACCAUCCUAUAUGACUUUCUUGUUAAUAUGGCUGAUGCAAUUUCAUUCAUCUUAUUAAUGAUUGAAUAUAAUUUACCUGGGAUAAUUUCUAGUGUUUCAAAAAAUCUUCAACAACUAUUACUCCAAUCCACUUAUGAAGACUUGGUAACUGUUCAACAAGUAAGAAGUAGUUGGCAUGAUUUGGUAUUAGUAAUAAUUAAAAAUGAGAACAGUCCACAUAUAGAAAACCUCAGUAGGAAUUUAGAAACUAGAUGCCCGGCCUUUUGUAAUGUUUCUGAGGCAAAAAUGUAUCAAGGCUAUGAAGCUCUUCAAAAAGCAAAAAAAAAAAAGAAUGAGGAUGAACACAGCACUGACGAAGCACUAGGAAUUUCGCUAAAGUUGUUUUGUGAUUGUAUCAAUAUUUUGACAUACGGAACUUUAAAUAAUUUAUGUCAAGAAUAUAAAAAUUUAGGUUAUUAUGAAGGUGCAAUAGAACUUUUAUUGAAGGCAUCGCAAAGUUUUGAAUCCGCACCUGAAAAAAGAGCUUCAAUUCUUGAUCUCAUCAUAAAAACAUUAAGAGAUGCAGGUGUUUUUUCUGACACAAUGACGCAUAAUCCACAAAAAUAUAAUCCAGUUCUCCAAAAGGCUUUAAAUCUUGGCACAUCAUUAAAUGAUCAAGCAUUUCUUUUUGCUGUCUACGAUGAAUUUUUAAGAGCUGAUUCUAUACAACAACUUUUCAUUCCUCCUGCUCCAUUCCUCGAAGAUUAUUUAAAUUCAACAGGUGAUGGUAUCUCAUCUUCUAUUUCAAGAAGAAAAUUAGAAUUGUAUUGUGAUUUUUGUGUAGUGCAUCAACAAUAUAUUAGGGCAGCUGAAAUUAACGAGUAUUUGGCACAGAAAUCAGGGGAUGAUCUACUUUUGAAAGAUCGAUUACGUUAUUUAAGUCAUGCUGUUGGGCACAUAGAAAGUGCAAAAGAAUCAAAUGAAAAUGAAAGAAGUGUAAUUGUUCUAUUACAAAAAUAUCGUGCAGAGUUCAAGAUUGCACAAAUUCAAUUUGACAUUCUACAAGAUAUAGAAAAAAUCUCAGAGGAAGAGUACAGUAAUAAUGCAACCUCCUUUAGAAAACCAACUAAAACUGAAUCAAUAUCACUACUUAAUCAACAUCUUUUAGAUGCAAAAACUUUAUUAAAUGACUUUAUUAUACCUUAUGAUUUAAAAGAAAGAAAAUCAGAGUUGACGCGAGUUUAUGUCUAA